AUGACCUAUCCUUGGGGAGCUGAGGUGGAAGCGCUGAUCCGGGAGCUCUAUGGUAGGCAAAACAAAACUCUUAGAGAUGUCAUGGCUAUUGUCAACAAAGAGUUUCCGGAUAUGAAUGGCGCAAAGGAGCGUACAUACCAAAAAUACCUGAAGAAAUGGGGGAUCGCGAAAGUAACUAGUCGUCGUGCCCGCCAGGAGCCCUCAAGAACCUGCUCGAAUCAACGGACUCUUCGCUCUACUACCCGAAGGCCCCGGCUGAUGUGCCAAACAUCACUUGAUACCAUAGACCUCAGUGAAAAUACCUCCUCUAACGAGGGCAGUGUUGCCUCCAGUGUUGGCCCUGUGGGUUAUAAUUGUGACCCGGUGGUGGUAGAGCCGACAGCUCAGAUCUUAAGCACAUUGUCAUCCCAUGACCAUCGCUCCGCCGAACCAACAUUCGUAAGCGCGAUUUCCAGCACGACUUGCCCUGAAUAUCCCAUGGAAGACAGUUUUUUCCAGAGCCAGGCUACUGGAGAAGGUUCCAGAGUAAGCAAUAACAUGAGCGGGUGUGAAAUCACUGAUAUAAGCGUGUAUACCAAUAGCGAUAUCGCUUUAGAUAUGAACCUAACCUCCGAUCCAAAAGUGUCUCACAUGGUAAAGGACGAUGGCAAUAGGCCUGGUUUAUCACCUCUAGCUCAACAAGCGGUGAAAGCAUAUUUAAUGAUCCACUCCAUGUCACUCGCAGAUUAUCGGAAACUCUACGCCCAAACAGGCCGGAAACUUGCGCAGGAUUCAGAGCAUGGGACAGACGAAACUGAAUAUGCAGAAAUCAUACCUUUCGAGAUAUCAUUGCAAGCACUCUCUGUCGAAGAUGACAAAUUGUUGCUUUUCUGCUCCUUUAUGGGCAGCAGCAAUAUCGCGCUAGAUAUAUUAUCUCAUUUCCUCAAGAGCCCUCAAGAGAGAAUUAAUUCCUCUAUUGUUAAAUUGUCACAUUAUGGGCUUGUAUCACAGAAUCAUCGAUCCAAACGUAUCUCGAUAGAAGCAACCAUCCAUAACUGGUUGUGGGUUCGAAAUCGGCUCCCUCGGCGCCUUCCCCUUGUACAGAGGAUGAUGGUGCAGGUGGGCGACUCGAUAUUCCUUGGUCAUACUCCAUCGAAAGAGGACUGGGAGUUUGCAAGACUGUCUAUCCCGUAUCUUGGAGCUCUCGCCGAGACGAUUCUACGUUAUAAAGAUUCUGGAGGUUCCAUCUGGCACAAGAAGUCUCUGAAUGCAGCAGUGGUGAUCGCUGAUGCUGCUAGGAGGGUUGGGGCGAAUGAGCAAUCUAGAAGGAUUCUGGGAAAUGUAUUCCCUAUCCUAAAAGACAUCCUUGGAAACCAGGACUCCCUGACCCUCCAAGCAAUGAACGCCCUAUCUGUAGUAUUCAUUAACAUGAAAGACCUGAGAUCAGCAGAGAGUCUUCUACGCAAGCUUAUCAGGAUUCAAGAACAGAUCUCGGAUAUCAAAGGAUGCUCUUAUGUCACACAAUUAAGCAACUGGGCACGGGUCUUAGUUAAGCUCGGCCUGGAUGAUGAUGCUCAUGAAGCGUUGGACAGGAUUGCUGAACUGGGGAAGCGCGUUGAGGAUCCUAUGGAAAUAUUGAUUCACAACGUCAAGCUUGCGGAGACACAAAGAUUCUGUGGGAAUUUGAAGGAGGCCGAGGGGCUUUUGUUGCGAGUGUUGAAGGAUAGUGAAAUCAUGUUGAGGAGGGACCAUUUAAAAACUAUACGCGUACUUGAGCUCCUCUGCUAUGUGUACUCUGAUCAGAAAAACUGGGCGCAGGCUGAGUUGAACAGUUCUAAGUUGGUGACGUUAAGUCAGCAAGCGCUCGGGCCCUUGCAACCGGAUACAGUAAGGAGAGUGAAGUUUCAUGAGAAGAUGAGCCGGAGAAGGGGCAAACAAAGGGAGUAG